GGAGAUAGGAGAGGGCGUUGCGUCCGGUGCAGCAGUGACAGAGAGAAAGAGAGCACAAGCGAGUUGUCAGCGGCAUUACCGGUGGAUUCAAUUGGGUAGACGUCGACAGUCCUAUUUUAGAUAAUUCAGCAGUCAGGGAUAUUUGUACUUUGAUCUGGAAGAUAUGUUCAGGCGAGUUGUGCGAGCGAGCAAAUUCCGCCAUGUCUUUGGCCAGGCGUUGAAGAAUGACCAGUGCUACGAUGACAUCAGAGUGUCACGGGUCACAUGGGACAGCUCGUUCUGCGCCGUCAACCCCAAGUUUGUCGCCAUCAUCAUAGAGGCCAGCGGGGGCGGGGCCUUCCUGGUCCUCCCUCUUAACAAGGCGGGCCGCAUUGACAAGGCCUACCCCACAGUGUGUGGUCACACAGGCCCUGUGCUGGACAUCGACUGGUGCCCCCACAAUGACCAGGUCAUCGCCAGCGGCUCGGAGGACUGCACAGUUAUGGUGUGGCAGAUCCCUGAGAACGGACUGGUUACUGGCCUGUCUGAGCCUGUGGUGGUCCUGGAGGGACACUCCAAAAGGGUUGGCAUCAUCACAUGGCACCCCACGGCACGCAACGUCCUGCUCAGUGCUGGCUGUGACAACCUGAUCAUCAUCUGGAAUGUGGGGACGGGCGAAGCCAUGAUUCAGCUGGAGGAUAUGCACCCUGACGUCAUCUUCAGCGCCUGCUGGAACCGCAACGGCAGCCUCAUCUGCACUGCCUGCAAGGACAAGACCAUCCGUGUCAUCGACCCCCGCAAGGAGGAGAUCGUAGGGGAGAAAGAGAAGGCCCAUGAGGGGGCACGGCCCAUGAGGGCCAUCUUCCUGUCGGACGGAAACGUGUUCACCACGGGCUUCAGCCGUAUGAGUGAGAGACAGCUAGCCCUGUGGAACCCGCAAGCCAUGGACGAGGCCAUCUCAGUGCAUGAGAUGGACACCAGCAAUGGAGUUCUCUUGCCCUUCUAUGACCCAGACACCAAUGUGGUUUACCUGUGUGGUAAGGGUGACAGCAGCAUCCGCUACUUUGAGAUCACGGACGAGGCCCCAUUUGUCCACUACCUCAGCACCUUCACCACCAAGGAGCCCCAGAGGGGGAUGGGAUACAUGCCCAAGAGAGGUCUGGAUGUCAACAAGUGUGAGAUCGCCAGGUUUUAUAAACUGCACGAAAGGAAGUGUGAACCUAUCAUCAUGACUGUGCCCAGAAAGUCUGACCUGUUCCAGGACGACCUGUACCCAGACACGGCAGGACCAGACUGUGCCAUCGAGGCGGAGGAUUGGUUCGAGGGGAAGAAUGGCGAGCCCAUCCUCAUAUCCUUGAAGAAUGGCUACGUCCCUGGCAAGAACCGCGACCUCAAGGUGGUCAAGAAAAACAUCCUGGACAACAAGCUGAGCAAGAACACGGAGAAAAGGGGCCCAGCCAACAAGUCUGCCUCGCCCACUCCAUCUAGAAAAAACGAAGCCAAGCUGGAUGAGGUCUUGAAAGAAAUCAAAUCCCUCAAGGACCUGGUCAGCAGUCAGGAGAAGCGAAUCAUCCAACUCGAGGAGCAGAUGUCCAAGAUCGCCAUUUAAGGACCCUCCCACCAAAAUUCAGGACGAUCCAUUGGCUAGGAGGUGGGCAGGACCCGUCACUGCCAAUCUCAAUGACAGCGUUCCGCCUGAAACCUGCCUAGCAACGAUCCCAAGCAACAUUCCCGAGAUGAACUUUUCUUAGCCAGCCCCUAACCCUCAGUUAACAUGAUGGAAUAAGAGAAAUAUGGGAAACUAUUCCAUUCCUUUUAAUACGUGGCAGUUUAGUCUUGUUUGUUGUAUGAAAAAGUCUUGCAUAUUCCUUUUGCUUUUAAGAUUGUGACCAAAAAAAUUCCAAUGUGAACCAUUUUUAUUUGGGUAAACCCAAAUGUUUUAUAUGUAGAUAUCAGUAUUUUGUCUACCCCAACUACUUAUUUUGCCAAAUUUUAAAGGAGUUAUGUUUACACACCUCCUUGACAGUAUUUUUCUUCAAAAACAAUUUUCUUUGUUUUCCAGGAAGAUUAAAAAUACAAACUAUAAGGGACAAUGCAAUAGGCUGGUAAUGCGAGGGGGGAUGGCAGAUUUCAAUAAUCAAACAAUUACUGUAAAAGACAAUGGAGGAGAACCAACUCAUUAUGAGAAACUAUCAAACACUCAAUCCUGAUGUAUCAUAGUAGUUCUGUUGUCUUUGCUGAAAAGCUCUGAGGUGGUGGUGUGAUUCUUGCUGUAAGUGUUCUCGCUCUCCCGCCUGGCUUUUCUGAACCUCUAAAUUCUUCCCUCUCCUCCCAUCUUAACAGGACCACUGUCUGUACAAUUAACAUCUCCUGAUUCUGACCAGAGAUAAUACAUUCAUAUAUAUUCUACUCAAGAGAUUUGAAUCUCCACUGUUUAUUCUCCAUAUUUUAUCUCUCUUACUCUAGCUUGUUUUACUAAGCAAGCAGCAAACAUGCAGUCCUUACAUAUCAUUUGAUACCAGGUAUAACUUAUGUUUGCAACUUGAACAACGUUUUGAUCAUCUCCAUCAAGUUUGUGGAACAGAAGGGGUAUCAGUGGACUCCCCUUAGCUUUGUAGAUGAAAACGACAGGUGAGAUGUCACCCUGCACCUUGUACUUCCCGUAGCCUUAGAUGUUCACUUGAACUGUUUUCCUUUUUUGGAGUUGUUUACAAUGCACAUGCCCCAAUCCAAAAAUCCUUUUCAAUCAUUUAGGUUGUCUCUGCCAUCAGCAUUGUUAGCGUUCCUGUCAUUUAGGUGACCUCUGCCAUCAGCAUUGUUAGCGUUCCUGUCAUUUAGGUGACCUCUGCCAUCAGCAUUGUUAGCGUUCCUGUCAUUUAGGUGACCUCUGCCAUCAGCAUUGUUAGCGUUCCUGUCAUUUAGGUGACCUCUGCCAUCAGCAUUGUUAGCGUUCCUGUCAUUUAGGUGACCUCUGCCAUCAGCAUUGUUAGCAUUCCAGUCUUAUGAAACAAAUGUGCCAUAGUUUGCCACUAUGUUCCUUUUUUGUCAUUGUCCCCCUCUGGCCCUGUGACACAGAUGGUAUGUACUGUAAUAAGUUCUGCACUGUAAGUUACAGUUCUGCUGACUCGUGACAUGGAGUCACCUGGGUGGCUUGUACGGGUUCUUGUGGCAAUGUCCUGUGUGCUGCCCAGAGAAGGACCAAUGGAAUUGUGGUCUAUGUAGCUGGUGAACAUUUCCAGACGUUUAGUAGUGGAUCAGCCUUGUUCUGCCUUUGAUUUGAUUUGAGGUGUAAACCCCAAUGUUGAACCAUGCCCUUGUGUUCAGGGUGUGUCAGGAUGCUCACUAUUCACCACUUCAUUGGCCCAUAUCCAUACAGCCAACCAGAGGGUGAGUAACAGGGGUGUAUCUGAAACAACAAUUUUGACAAGAUGUAACGUGGAGAGGGAAGGCUUUCAGGAUGUGUGAAUUUGUCUCGAAUGUCUUUGGCCUGGUUGUAGUUUUAUUUUUUUCAGAUAGAGAAUGUGAGGAUUUUUAGAUUAUUAUAUGGAUUCACCAUAGGGUGUGACCAAGGUUCUGGCCAAUGAUAACAGAAUUGUGUGGUGAUGUUAAUAUACUGUGUUUUUAUCCUGUGCUUCCUUCUCCGGCUCUCCCGUUGCAGAUAUCCCACUAUGUACUUAUCAGGAUUUUAAAUAGUUUCCCCUUAAAUACUCGCUCACAUCACUAGAGAAUCAGAGGAACACGGAGUCGUUUGGAUCGUCCGAAUAUUUGAUGGUGUUGCCAACUGCGAUAAUAGUUCUGUUGUCAUGCUAUUUUUGUUAUGCAUAUUUUUUCAGCGGGAGGGUGGGUUAGGUGUAAGGUUGAGUUUGUUAGCCUUUAAAGUUUGUUGCCAUUGAAGAGAUCAGAAAGUGCCAUAGUUGUGCACAGGAAGUGCUUAAUGAUGACUGGUUUGAGAAUGGUGUGAGUUAUUUAGCAGGAGAGUGGAUGGGCACCCUGAGAGGAACUUUGACAGUGUGUGUUGGGCAUAGAAAGCACUGAGAUGUAUGCUUAUCAAUCACUCCAUCUUGGCCUCACAGGAUCUAAGAUUACAUCCGAGGAUGCAAUUUUACACGAAAUAUGCAUUGUCUGGUGUUCUGUAAUAUUUUAAUGGGGUUGAGAAUUACUUCAAUGUGUUCUACUGUGCUGUAGAGAUAUGAAUCAGUCAGGGGAGGGUGUCUUGGGCCUUGUCCUGUACUGCCCUGUAAGUGCUUCUCCUCAGCCUCCUUGGUCCACUCAAGGCAGCGAGAGCUGUGAUGUUUGGAUUAUUGGUGAAUAGCUAUUCAAAGGGACACUGUAGGUUGGAGAAAUAUGCUGUAGAGAGAUGUAUGUGAUGUUUGAAAUAAAGGCAUAGAAAAUGAUUUAAAGCUUUGUAAAUAUUUGUUUUCAUUUAUUUGUUUUGUUUAUUGUUUUGGGCUGCAGUGUGUUUGGGAGUUGGGUUCUGGUGGGUUUUGAACGUUACCUCUUGUCUGCGUUCCUUGCCAUAAUGCGUCAUGACUGAACAGAAUCUCCAUUCUAUCACAGGUGUUAUAAAUACAAAAGAGAAAUGAAUAACAGAAGAAAAAAAACAAGAAUUCAGCCUCUUGUGGAGGUCUGUAGAGCAUUUUUCUUUUUUUUUUUUCUGCUUCAAGUAUCAAACUUAUCGAUUAUCAGAAAUUAAUAAAGAAAUAAAAAAAUGAAA